UCGGUAGACAUUUUUUAUGACGCGUUAUUGAUUCGCACAUGCGCGUUGUGCAACCCACAUGGGUUCAUUCUUGAAUCUUCAUUAUUUAUAAUUAUGCUAUUUGAGUCGUGUUGUAUAGCUACGGCCCGUAGAAGAUGUCGCAGGCUAGUGAAGAAACGGUGAAGAAGACAAUUAAAGCAUUGCUCAUCUCCUCCAAAGGUGGCUGCUCACCGCGUCAACUUGUGCAAGACUACAGAUAUGUUGCAAACAGUGAAAUACCAUACGAAUCAUUUGGACACUCCACUCUCAUGAGCUAUCUGAAUUCUUUAUCCAGUAUCCUCACUGUAUCCAGGGGCAGGGAUCGUACAACACUUACUGCCGUCCCUGAUCCAGCCACUCGGAAUAUCUCGAAAUUAGUGUCCAAACAGAAAUCGUCAACCUCAAGUUUCGGUAGCUCUCAACGUUCCUGUGAUCCCAGUACUAGCAGCACUGGAGAACAGGCUACUGCAAGUAGCUCCAAGUCCGCUCAAGCCCCGGUAACCGAAGUCCCGUCCGGUCUCAAGAAGCAGCUGACGAGUCUUACUCUCUCUUAUCCGAACGGUAUCAGGCUAGACGAUCUACGAGAGGCAUUCGCUCGUCGCUUCUCAUUUUACUUCAGUUACAGAGAGUGUGGAUUUAAUAAUCUCACGGAAAUGAUUGAGUCGAUACCAAGUGUGUUGGAAAUGCGUUUUGAGGGUGGUAGGGGACUAGUGGUGACUGCAGCUUCUGAGAAUGCAGCUGCUAAAACUUCCGGGAUUAAUUGGACAAAACUGGGAAAGGACCGUAAGACAUCAGACGAGUUGAAGCAUCGAGAAAAUGUUUCCUCCAAAUGUCCUGCGGAGAGUUUAAACUCAUUGGAAACGGAGACCCGUCCUCCACAGCAACCACCGCCUCUAGCAGUUCCAUUCUCAUCCAUGAAAGUAGAGGCCAUUGAUAAAGCCAGCUUUUUGGCUGAGUUAAAGAAGACAAAACCACCGACGACGAGGACGCCUGCCAGAAAUGUGAGAAGAUGUCUCCCUAAGAAGCUAGUGAAAGAGAUAGAAGAGCUACUGCGCGCUAAUCCCAGUGGCAUAUGGUUGUCGAAAUUUGUGGAAGAAUUUCAAACUCAUCACCAGACCUCCCUCCAAGUGUCCUCGUAUGGCUACUCAAGUGUGGCCCAGCUGGUGUCUGCUGUCUCCGUGUGUCAGGUGGAGCGGCCCACGGGACUAGGCGACUGGCUAGUAUUCCUCAGGGGACUACCUACCCCCGAAGUUGCUCAAGGGCGCAGGAUUAACUUUGAGGCGUACGUGUCUGACAAGCUGGUCCAGAAGAUCCACAAGCUCCUCUGGACUCAACCCAAUGGAAUCGUUGUUGAGAACUUCUUGAAUGUGUAUCAGAGCACACACUCAGAGCAGCUGUUGUUUUAUGAGUAUGGAUUCCACUCACUGAAUGAGCUGCUUCAGAGGGUACCAUCGGUUGAACUCAUCAAACCUCCCAAGGCAAAGCUUCUGGUGAGGUUUUGCAAACGUGACUCUGAAGAAGUGGAUAUACUCACAAAGCCGAUCCCGCCCACCUCUGGCCCCCCACAGCCCUCUGUCUACGCUAUGCAGGAGGUCCCCGAUGAGCCCAGCAUGUUCCCGGUAUAUGUGGCCCAUGUCAAGACCCCCAGCUGCUUCACGGUUCAACUACUCGGCAAGAAAACCACUCAAACUCUUGAGCAGCUACAAGAAGACAUAACAAAGUUUUAUACUGGACUAGACUCUGACAGCUACUCUAUACGGACUCCUUAUGUUGGACAGCCGUGCUGUGCCAUGUUUGAUAACGACGGCACGUGGUACAGAGCGGAGAUUGAAGAGAUCGAGGACAGAGACGCGAUCACUGUCAAAUACGUGGACUACGGGAACAGCUCUCAAGUCCCUCUGGGUUCACUGCGUAUGCCCAAGGCCUAUUACCUCAUCUUCCCUGCCCAAGGCGUGCAGUGUCGACUGGCCAACCUCAAGCCAGCUGGCAGCACUUGGAGCAUGAAGGCCACAAAGCUGCUGUUUCAGAUGACCAAGGACAAGCCGAUAGUAGCCAUUAAGACAGCUUACAAGAACAAGAUGCUCUCACUCUGUCUCUGUGACACGAACACCACUAAAGAUAUCCACAUCAAUGACAUCCUCGUGGAGCAAGGACUGGCUCUGUUCACUCCUGAUACUGAUCAAGACACUCGGGACGUCGACGGUUACCAACUGGAGGGAACACCUGUCACUAGUACGGACAUUGUGCCUCGAGUGAGGCUACCGGAAGAGGGUGGGAAGAUUGCCACACUACCCUCCGGCCAAGCCAACCUUGAACCCAACCCACAACCAUCACACACCCACACACCCUCACAACCGCCCACUCCACAACCCCCCAACCCCUUCGUACCGGCCGAGUUACAGCCUCACAAUCUUCUCCAACUAAGCUAUCUCCAACAACUCAUGGUAUUGCAUCCUCACCUGUUUCUGGGGCAAAUGAACCCUGGACUCUCCGCUGGUUUGUUCUCAAAUGCAUCCUCAAUGUUAACUGGACAAGCGGGUUUACCUGGACUAUUAAGUAUGGCCGGUCAAACCGGUCAAGCGAGUUUUCCGCCUCAAGCAGCUCAACUUGAACUGACUACUGUAACAGCAUCUUCAAACGAUUCGUCCAAACACACGAUUCCUCUACCACCUGGUUUCUAUUCUGAUGCCAGUACCAAUGUUAGUAGCAACGCUCCUGUUAUAGCCGCAAGUGGUGUAACCGGUCAGACGAGUUUAAGCACCGUAGCUACAACUGUAUCAACCCAGCUCGAGCCGAAAGUGACCGCCUCCCAACAAUCACUUCUCAAACUACCUAGCGUAACAACAUUGGGAAGACGAAAAGAUAGCUAUUGUAGAAGAAGUGACUCUGUUUCCAGUAGUGACAGUGACGUGGUGUUUCGCCCAAGUGUUGUCAAGAAGAAAUCUUCACUGAGUGGGAAAGAGAGGCGUGGCGCAUGGGGGCGGAGUUUUAGUACUCCGGAUGGUCAUGUGAUGGGAACUGACCAAUCAGGAGCUCGGAGUGUGCUCGCUAGUGAUGUGUCUGACCUGAUGAGUAGCAGUGCAGAGCAAUGCAUGCCCAAGACCAGAGCCAACCUCAUCAAUAGAGUUGAGCUCACGACUGAACACACCCUCCAUGUGUUGUGUUACAAUGACCACGCCCGCUUCCUGUCUGCUGAAGUGUCUCUCUGGCUGUGGGAAAGUGAUCUGCUGCAGUUGAAGCUCAGACAAGUCUCCAAGCCUGUGUGGGGGCGGUUGCUACGGGAACAGCAAGCUCGGCAACUAUUCCGAGGAUUACGUAAUGAUACGGGCACACGAGGAUUCUUGAAGAAGGGACAAAGAGACAUUAAUAUCUAUAACCUGGAGGAUCUUCCUCUGAUCAUCUCCACAUUUGAUGGCCCACCGCGUCUCUAUGAGGCUGUGGAGAGGGAGGUGUGUCGAUGGAAGACCCUAGGCCCCGCCUACUUCUGUCCGAGCAAUACAGAAAACCUUGAGACAGAACUGGCCACUCUUCAAGAGCAAAGGAAGGAGAUCUUAGUCGCUAUGAUAAGCAACACGGAAGGUCUGGCACAAUUGAUCCAAGUUGAGAAAUCCAUUGGACAGCUCAAAGAAAGAAUCGAAGCAUCACAGGACCUCUCGAAGCCUCCGCUGAAUAACGAAGAUAUCCUACAUCCUGUCUUCUCGCAUACAAUGCAGGAAGUGCCACACCCCUCUACCUCCUCGCAUACAAUACAGGAAGUGCCCCAUCCCCUUAUCUCGGAUGACCUUCUGGAUCUCCCGAACCCUGAUGACGAACUUCCUGUUUCAGUAGUGUCAGACAGUGGCGUAAACGAGUCAGGCUCCACUCACUCACAACCUGUUUCCUCUCAUUCUCCUCAGUCCGCCAGUACGACCAGUGAACACUCUAGUGAUGUCAUGGCGAUGUCACGAGGCAAUACUCCAAUCAACUCUACCAUACUUCUCACAAACACGGAACAAUCGGAGGAGCUACCACCAGUUCACGCUCUGGAAGAGAAACAAUCUAUUCGUUGGUCUGAUGACGAUGAUAUUCAAACACAGCAUAGUGCUGAUAAUGCAUAUCAGGGAAAUAGUGGCUCUCCAGUUGACACGGCUUCAGAGCAGCUGGAAAACGAUUCCAGUAAACGAGACAAAACACUAGUUGCAUUCACGAGUUCUUCAGAAGACGAAGGUAAACUCCGAUUCAGAAACACUAACUUUCAAGAGUCUAGCGAGCCCGUUACCGAACCUGUGGUGGCAAGCGAUAGAGAAGUGAUGACUGAGUCAACUUGCAGCAAUUGGGAGUCUCUGUACGAUGACGAGAUGAUGAAAAGCUCCAGUGUACCCGUAGUUUCCUCUGACGUCGAUCUGAGCAAAUCACACCUCCCCCAAGAAAAAGAGGCCGUUCCGGAUGUGAAUAUUGACGGGUGGGACCCGGCUAACGAUUUGUACGAUGAGCAGGAUGCCCCCUCCCAGGGCUUGGAGUUCGACCAUUGGCCAUCCUUGCCUAUUGCCGGUGGCAACCAGACAUAUAAUGAAGACUUGUUGCCGAGUGACGGUCGAAGCCGAAUUCGUAUUCCAUCUGACGAAGUGUGGGAGGAAAUGUCUAUUCCGGACAAAGAACAGUCCUUACAUAAAUCAAUUCCAGACCCAUUGACUCAAACUGAACAAGUAAAGGAAACUGCUGAACAAUUGAAGGAUGUAGUUCACAUUAUUCUGGACAAAACCGAUGUCCCUCAAGCCCAUGUUGUUGGUGAGGAUAGUGACAUGAUGCAUGAGGAGGUGGAGACUGUUACUGAAGCUGCUACUGUUAGUGUGACAAGCACAACCAAUGGCAAUGAUGACCUUGUGAGGAGUGAACAGAUUGAGACUACUGUUACUAGUACUACAGAUGAACAGCUUCUCCCAAGCAAUGCAGCCAACGACAAUGUCUGUGUCGAAGCCCUUCCUCCUUCGCCUCCUCCGAACAAACUUAUUGCUAGCAGUGAUGAUCAGAAUAUUUUGUUGAGGACUGAAGCCAGUGCUAUUGACCACAAGGGGGUGGAACUAAUAACUCGACCUCUGACCCCUCCUACACACACAGACUCUGAGAGUGAAGAGCUUCAGUCGCUUGAUUACAGUCUCGGUGACCAAUCAAAUACUGCGGAGGACCCCCCACCUGGAUUCCCCCCCAGGAUGUUUGCUAACCAAAUAGUGACAACACAGUCGUAUAUUCAUGGACCACCCCCUGUCAGGAGAUCGUUCCCCGGGUCCGCCCAAUACGAAGAGUAUCAUCCGCUCCAAAGAUAUCCAGGACCACCUAUUAUAAGCAAUCAAGUGAAGUAUUCGCCGAAACUUCCACCGAGAUUUCAGAGACAACUAUACACUUCCGCUAACGAUAAGGGACUCCUCCCUCUCUCCACCCCCCAGCACGGUGUGGAAGGGGUCUAUCCUCUCCCCGCCCACCAGUACAGUGUGGAGGGGGUCUAUCCUCUCCCCACUCACCAGCACGGCGUGGAGGGGGCCUAUGGAGGUCCCCCUCACGACCCUAUGUUUUCUCCGGCUCAUGUGAUUUAUCACUACCCACCGUACCCCCCCUCACCUCCCAUGUACUACCAAGAGGGAUUGAUGUAUCCCCAACGCCCAAUGAAUAAUGAGUACGCACCUCGGUAUAUGACCUACCACCAACCACCACCCUACGGCUAUCCGGUGAUGCAACAACCUCAGUACGUGCCAGCUGCUCCCCCCGUUGUGAAUGAAACACCGUUCUCUCCCCAUCGAACUCAUGUACCGCGAAGAACAAAAUCAGCUGUACCUAUACGCCUGGCCAGUGAGGACACUAAAUCAGCGGACACACAAUCAGCAAGCGACCUGGGUUUACUGAAUACGUCAUCUGCUCAACAGGCUGUAACCAAAUCAAGCACACUAGUCCCACGGUCAACUAUUGCAGAAUCUAGUAAAAGUCAAAUCUCUACAGCCUCCAUUCUAAGCACAAAACAGUCAGGUGUGAUGUCCAUGGCAGGUGUUGGUGUGUCUCCAAUGACAACUGCCAGUCCUCGUUUGGGCUUGGGCAGUGGGCGUACUGGACCAAUGGACUCUGUACCAAGGAAAAGAAUAAGUGCACGCUCUGUUGGACUUGGAAGGGGGCUUUCCCCUGGUGUACCUCGUGACAGGCGACCCGGCAGUCUGACAUCAUCAUCUUAAACUGUAUAAUUAUUGUCUACUUGUAUUUUUUCACGUGUAUUUACUUUGUUUUUUGAUUAUUUAUCCUCGUAUACAUGUAUACAGCUGAAUCAAUGAAUCACUUAUUUAAUUAUAAUUAUGAUAACGUUUGUGAAA